AUGACUGUUGCUGAUUCUACUGUUCCAGAUAAAUUCCAAGGUUUUGCUUCUGACAAAAAAGAAAACUGGGCUAAUCCAAAAUUAAUCUCUUUCGAUAGAAAGAAGAUCAAUGACUAUGAUGUUGUCUUAGAAAACAAAACCUGUGGUUUAUGUUAUUCUGAUAUCCAUACUUUACAAGGUAAUUGGACUGACUACAAGACUAAUGAAUUGGUUGUUGGUCAUGAAAUUUGUGGUAUUGUUAUUGCUGUUGGUAGCAAAGUUACUGAAUUCAAAGUUGGUGACAGAGCAGGUAUUGGUGCUGCUUCAUCCUCAUGUCGUGAAUGUUCAAGAUGUCACAAUGACACUGAACAAUAUUGUAAAAAACAAGUCUCCACUUACAAUGAUGUUGAUCCUAAAGCUGAUGGAUACGUCACCAAAGGUGGUUACUCCUCUCAUUCCAUUGCUGAUGAAAUGUUUGUCUUUAAAAUCCCAGAUGAUUUACCUUUUGAAUAUGCCAGUCCACUUAUGUGUGCCGGUUUGACUGUUGCAUCUCCAUUAUUCACUCACUUGGUUGAACACAAUGAAGAUGCUACUGGUAAAACUGUUGGUAUCAUCUCAAUUGGUGGUCUUUCUCAUAUUGCUAUUCAAAUUGCCAAUGCUUUAAAUGCUAAGGUUGUUGCAUUUUCAAGAACUUCUGCCAAGAAGGAAGAAGCUUUUAAACUUGGUGCCCAUGAAUUUGUUGCUACUACUGAAGACAAUGACUGGACCAGUAGAUACGAAGACAAAUUCGAUCUUAUAUUGAACUGUGCCAGUGGUGUUGAUGGAUUUAACUUGUCUGAUUAUUUGAGUGUUUUGAAGGUUAACAAGAAAUUCAUUUCUGUUGGUUUGCCAAAUAUCAAUGAUGAAUUCCUGGUCAGUCCGUUCACUUUCUUGAAAGAUGGUGCCAGUUUCGGUAGUUCCUUAUUAGGUUCCAAAGCUGAUAUGAUCAGAAUGUUGGACUUGGCUGCUAAACACAACAUUAAACCAUGGAUUGAAGAAGUUCCAAUCAGUGAAGAAAAUGUUGCCAAAUCUUUGAAGAGAUGUUUUGAAGGGGAUGUCAGAUACAGAUUUGUCUUCACUGAAUUGGACAAAGCUUUCAAGAACUAA